AUGAAGACUGCUGCGCUCCUUUGUACCGGUGGCCUUUUGGCUGCGGCUGUCAUGGCCGAGUUUGAUGGCAAUUUGAACUAUGCUAGUCCGUCUCGUCGUCAUGAUCGACUUGGCAUGAACGUUCCUCUAAUCAAGCGCCGUUCCUUGAAACGCGGCAACACACCCUACAACGUCUCCGAACUCAACUUCACUCACGGUGUCGCUUCCGGAGAUCCCUGGCCUGAAAGUGUUAUCCUAUGGACUCGUAUCGCCCCUUCUCUUAAUUCCAGCUUUAGCACCAAAGCCGUCGACGGUACUGCUGGACUAUACAACCACGAGAUUGAAAAGUACAUCAAGGCCGAUCCCCAUCCUAUCUGCGUGGAAUGGAACGUCUUUGACUCUAAGCCCUCUGGAGAUCAAGUAAAGUCGGUAGCUAAUGGUCGAGCCUACACUACAUCUGAUAUCGAUUAUACUAUCAAGGUUGAAGCUGAUGGCUUAGAGCCUCUUACCACUUAUUACUAUCAGUUUUCCGUCUGCAACUCUGACAAUAAAAGCCCUGUCGGUCGUACAAAGACUGCUCCUACUGCGGAUGACAACGUUUCCGAUUUAAGCUUUGCGGUUUUCUCUUGCAGUAACUAUCCCAAUGGUUACUUCAACGCUUAUGGAAACGCUGCUAGAAAGGAUGAGCACGACUAUGUCAUUCAUUUGGGAGAUUAUAUCUACGAGUAUGGGGCAGAUGGCGAAAGAGCCAGCAAUCCUACCAACGAGAUCUUUACACUUCACGACUACCGGACUCGCCAUGGACAGUACCGCACCGACCCAGAUCUCCAGCUUCUGUCCAAAGAUUUUGCUUGGAUCCCAACUUGGGACGACCACGAAUUUGCAAACAACGGUUACAGGGAUGGUUUCUCUGGCCUCAACAAUACAGAGGACUCUUUUCUGAAAAUUGGAAAGAAAAUCAGCGUCGAUACCCGGAAGGUGAACGCUGUACGAGCUUACUUUGAGUGGAUGCCUAUUCGCCAAACCGAUUUGGACGAUGGUCUCCGAGUAUGGAGAUCCUUCAAAAUGGGCAAGCUCCUCGACCUUAUCAUUCUCGACACACGAAACUAUGACCGGAGUAUCACCUCACUCGACUGGAACGAUAAAUAUAUCGACAUGAUUAGAGAUGAUCCCAGUCGAACUCUCAUGGGAAGUCGUCAAGAGAAUUGGUUUUACAGAUCUUUGAGCGAGUCCAAGGAGCGAGGUGCCGCGUGGCGAAUCAUUGGCAACCAAAUCAUCUUUUCGCGUAUCACUGAGAAUUAUGGUUCUGGUGAAAUUCUUUCUGGUGACAAUUGGAGUGGCUAUGUCGCAAACCGAAACCGAACCCUCGAGCAUUUGUACAACAACGACAUCAGCAACAACGUGUUCCUCGCUGGUGACAGUCACCAGAACUGGGUCUCUGACCUUGUCUCGCUGGGAACAAAGGAAUACGACAACAAGACCGGCGCUGGAAGCAUUGGAGUUGAGUUUGCUGGAACUGCCGUCAGUUCUAGUGGUAUCGACGGUCCAAUCGAGCCCGCCGCUGGUAAAGCCGCUCGAUCCCGAAUUGUUAAGAACCCCGAGCUACAAUGGCAGGAGGGUUACUACCGCGGUUACUUUAUUCUGGAUGUCAACUCUAAGCAGGUGUCAUCUCGAUUCUAUGGUUCUCCUUCUGUCGCUUCUCGCAACUCGUGGGACAUCCCCUUGGCCAACUUUACUGUCGUCUCUGGUGAGAACCAUUUGAAGCGACCUGUUGCUGGCGGCCGUGCUGAGUCUGGUGCCCUUCGUUAUGGAGAAAUCACUCACACCAACUUUACCCUCAACACCGAAACUGGAGAGUGGAAGAUGAUUAGCUUUGAGAAUAUGUAUGUUGAGCAUAAAUAA